CGAGCAACGUUACUUUGCGUUAGGAAACUGAUAAAGGCAUUGCUUUGGCGCAUUGCGGGGAUGCCUGCUAUACAAAACGAAAAUGGCGACAGUCUAUCGGUGUGGGAGUACUCUCCUUGGCGCUCCUUCAUCCGCUUUGGUGGACAAUCGGAUGCGGACGAUCAUCCUUCACAUGGGUCCGGACGCGUGCUGCCCCAAAUGUUCCGUGAGGACGUGGCGCAGUCGCCGGCGGACGCCACAGGUGUGCGGGACAUUUUCGGCCGUGCCCUUGACGCUGCGCGAAGCAAGAGAAGCUUUGCUUCGGCCGCUGACCUCUCGCGGAGCAUGAAGCAUCACACAAAAAACGCUACACGUGUGAUGGCGGAGGACAACUACAGGUGGGGAACUGCUGGCCGCUUGUACAUCGGCGGUGGCCGUCUCGCGGACGACGGAGCAGGGUCCACUUCCGACGAAGACAGCGAUGCUGACGAUGAUGGCUCCAUGGAUGGGGACCAUGACUACAGCGAGGCAGAGGAAAGCUAUGCGCCACUGGAGCGCAGCCAGGGCAGCACUUUGCAUGCGAGGGGCCAGUACCCCUCUGCCGCGGCCCGCAUCGGCGCAGUAGACCCCGAUGCCCAACGGGACGACACUAGCCCGGGACCACGAAACCCUGACAACCAGACCUCCGGCCCCCCAGGAGCUAACCCCUCGCCCCCAAAGCAACCGUCGGUACACUCCCGCUUUCGUACCGUUGCCACGCUCGCCGCCGCUGCCUCCCACUGGCGCAACGCCCGCAGCUGCCCUAACCUUGAGCUGCCUUUCCCCAUCCCAGGCGCUCAAGUGACCCCAGGCAGCGCUCAACUCACGCCAGGCGCUCCGCAGACGCCCGCGGACUCCCGUCGCGGCCUAGCGACCCCGCUGGGGCUGGCGAGGUCCGACUCGCAUGCACCCAGCCGCAUGCAGCAGGUCUCCAACGCUGCACCCCCGGCAGCAGGUGGCGGCACCAGCUACAGCGGCGGGGUGCCAGCAGGCACCCCUCCUGCACGCCUGUUGGCGCGGACCAACACGAUGACCAGCAGUGAAUACGGCAUGGCGUCCGUCCCGGAGGAGCUGACCCCGCAGCGGCGAAUGCGCAGCAUGGCAAGCCUGCAUGCGCUGGCUGGGGCCCCUCCCGGGGGUGGUGCACCUGCUGCUGCUGCUGCUGCCGUACCGGCAGGUGGCGGCGCCACGCCUGUGCUCAUGCGGUCUGGCAGCAUGGCCUCUGCGAGGCUUCUACACGUACAGGCUGCUGCCGGUCCUCCCCGGCGCGGCGCGGAGUUGCCCGCACCUCGCACGCCCCUGUUGCAGCACAGCAGCAGCAUGUCUAGAGGCCACGGGGGAGCCGAGGGGCCUGGGGCCUCGGGUGGAGGCAGUGUGGGCGGCGGAGGUGGCAGCAGCAGCGGCAGCACAGCGUGGGCUGCACAGCGGGAGUUCGCGUCUCAGCGCAGCAUGAGCCAUGCCAGCCGUCGGCUGAAUCUACCUGUAGCUGAUGCUGAGGAGGGGCGCACUGGCCCAGCCAGCGAGGUGGGCCUGAUGCGCAGCGGCACACUCUCCAGGUCCAUCCGGGCCGAGCACCCCGCCGCGCUGACGCCCACUGCUGCGCACGCCAACACCGGCAGCUAUAGCAACAACCCCACGUCGGCAUCGCCGGGUUCCCGCUUGGGUGCUGCCAACACGCCUGCGCUGUGGCGCACGGAGAGCCGACGCGCCGCGCAGUCUCAGCCGCAGCUGCAUGGCAGCGACGUGAGCAGUAUGCCGCCUGCAUGCCGCAUCGCGCCCGCCGGCGAGUCACCCAGCGGCGGCGGCGGCGGCAGGGGGGUCAUGGGUCGGAUCAAGGGAAUGUUCCAAUAAAGGCGAAUCUCAGCUGAAGGGGUGUCGGGCGCGCGAACGGUACGGGGGUAGAGUACGGUUUACAUUUCAUGUGUCAUUGGGGGUUGAAAAUUCAACAAUCUACGGCUACUACUGCGACGGCUACAGCACGCCGUAUUUUGUGGUCUGGGUAUGCAGGUCCUGGGUUUUUGGUAUUGCUCAGCUUUUCCUUUCUCUGUUGAACUGUUGUUGUUGCGUUGCCUUUAGCAUGCAUGGGUGAUGGGCUAUUGUCCCAAUGGGCCGCAUGCACAGAGCGAGGUGCAUGGCUGCGGGGAAGAUGUGACCUGACUUCAGGCCUAAGCAUGUUCUAUGACGAGUCAACUAAUGCGUGACUGGCAGGAUCCUAUGGGGCCGCUUGCAUGUGUCUUGUGAUGUAUCUUCUGUAUCUACUGACGUUGCCGGUAUAUGACACAUGGUAUUGUGCUUGGAAAGCUGCACCCCAGCAAAGCGCGCUGCAAGAAUGCGCGCCGGGAUCAAUUUAUGAAGAGUGUCUUACCGUCCUUGUUCCGUUUGAUGGUGACCGUCCUUGACCCGUUCAUGGUGGGUGUCAAUCCUCUUGUCGUUACAGCAUUCAUUGUUUGGCCUAUCUGCGUCCUUCAUCUGCGGCAUACGGGGUUCUUGAGCAAGAACUGUGCAAGAACUGUUCCACCGAACAUGAGCGCUCGGUUGGCUUUGGGUUAACGGUUUGUUUUUCGACCUGCAAGUUGUUCUUGUUCUGUCUUUUACCACCGCCACAAGAAGGAGCGUCUUAAGUGGAAGGAACGUGUUGGUUGUUGAUGGGGUUUGCGCAGUUGAAGGCGUGUGUGCGUGCAACUGGGAUGGUAGUUUCGAAUCCGCACCCGGUGCGGCGUGUCGUGCGACGUGCGUGUGCUGUCUGGACGACCCGGAUCGAUCCCUGUGGCUUGUGGGAUGACCCUAACUGAGAGUAGCGUAAGAAGUGAGUGGCUUUCAGCUAUUGCCACCUCAACGCACUGGUUUCAUCCUGGCUGGUGUCCCACAGGAGCCAUGUAUUCUCGUUUGAAUGCCCCUUCUUGCUUGCUAGCUGCUGCUGUUGGCGACGGUACCGUACAUGUCAGGGCGAUGCGGGCAAGAUGCGCAGGGUGCACGCACGUGAGCACUUCAAUGGACGGGUAUUAUCUUGUGGGCGGAUAGUUGCCGCAGGAUGCUGCACUAGCAUGGCGGGGUAGCAUGGUUGGCGGAGGGGUGGCGAUGGGGAUGUGUUGGGAGUGGCAUCGGUGGGGCCUGCUUGUAGGGGUGCCCGUUACCCAUGAGAUGCCUAGUGCAUGCAUUCAAAAUCGCAUGCCAUACCUUCUGCGUCCCUGCCGGUUCUGUCGACUAGUUUUUGCCAUCAAGUUAAGGCAUGGAGAUAACGCUAUGGAUAUGCCGUUGGUAAUUGUACAGUUGGUGUUGCUGUCCUCAAUUGCGUUUCUAUAGAACUGCGAAAAGGGCAUUGGAUUCCAUACGCCAGCACCUGGAUUGCGCGUUUGGGUCGGGUAUUUCAAGGCACCACCUUUGACGCCACCACACUGCUUGAAGGGCAUUCUUAGCUUACACUAUAACUCACAGACGCUUGCAGGCCUAACCGAAGGCAAGCAUCCAGCAGCGGGAC